AGGCUAAGGGGCUGUUUGGCAACUUCUGAAUCGGUAAGUGCUGAACCAGUAAGAGGUCUGAACCAUUAAGUGCUGAACCAGUAAGAGGUCUGAACCAUUAAGAGCUAGUAUAUUGCUUAACUAUUCAGAGGCAAAUGUCUGAUCAAUUCAGAUAAGAGGUCUUAACCAUUCAGACUCUGUAUAAUAUUUAAUCAUUCAGAGUCUUUAUUGUCAUCUUAAAGCCACUUAUCGAUAUGAUGAGCACUUGCAGCGCAUCGGUGGCCGGUAAUUCACGCGCCGCCCUCUUUCCCAGCCCUCUCUUUCGCCAAUCCAAAACUGCUUUCAGAUGUUACUCUUCUUCUUCUUCUUUGGAUCAUGCAUCUUUCAUUAAAAAUGUAGCUGCUACACAACCUCCAGAGCAUUUGAAUUGUCUUCUGGACAUGCUUCAAGUGAGAGGCGAGCAGUUAGUUUCUCCCACUACUAAGAAAGGAGUUUUUCCUCUUGCUAUUCCAUUAUCCAAACAGAGCUCAGGUGCUGUAACAGCAUUACUGCGAUGGCCUACUGCUCCACUUGGUAUGGAGAUGCCCGUGGUGGAGGUUCGUAAGUACGGGGUUUGGCUUCUCGCAAAGAAUGUAGAUCAAUACAUCCAUAGAAUUUUGGUGGAAGAAGAUGCAUGUUCUCAUGCUGACAGUGAUGCCCUUUUUCACGCUUCAGCUGGUGUGCAAGAGAAAGUUUACAAAAGGGGUGAAUUCGCGGCUUCUCAAAUUUCAAGCUUAGAUAUCUAUCUCUGGAAGAAGGUUGGGUUAUUUCCAGAUUUAAUAGAGCGCAAAAUAAAGCAGCAUUUUGACAAGGGGGAUGAUAUUUCAGCUAUGGUGACCGGUGAAUUCUAUACCAGGAAGGAGCAUUUUCCUGGGUUUGGCAGGCCAUUCGUAUUUAAUGCAGAGAUUUUGCUCAAGGUUGGGCGAAGGGCAGAGGCAAAGGAUGCUGCUCGGGGUGCUUUAAAAUCACCAUGGUGGACUUUGGGAUGUGAAUACAAGAAUGUGGCGAAAAUGGCUGAAUGGGAAGAAGAACAAAUUGAAUUUAUCAAAGAGAAAGUGACUAAGGAGGGUAGAGAGCAAGACCUGAAGAAGGGAAAAGAUACCGCUCAGAUUGCAUUGGAUGAAGCUGCAUUCCUAUUGGAUUUAGCUUCUGUUGAAGGGAAUUGGGAUGAUUGUGUGGAUCGAAUUGGUGAGUGUUACAAGGACGCCGGGCUUCAUGACAUGGCCAAUUUUGUAGUUUGCAGAGACUAAAGUUGUGUGCUAUUAUGCAAAAUAAAAUAAAAAAUUUCUGCCUUGGUUGUUUCAGAAAUGUACUUUUACUUCACUCUCUUUCAUUUUUUUGUAUGGGAGUUUCAUUGUCGUUCAAGGAUCAUUAGCGGUUGUUUGGAGAUGUGUUGAGCAAGAUUGGAUUUUGGGUGUUUGUUGGAAAUGUUGGUGUUGUGAUGUGAAAUUAUUGAAAAGCGCUAUGUAAAAAGGAGGAGGAUAUUUGAAGAAAAAGUUGGUAUUUCU